UAUAUAUAAAUUUAGCAGAUCACUGGUACCAUUAACCAUUUCAGCCACUCAGAGUACUUGUUGCAGUGCUUUUGCAGCUUGUUGCUACUACAAAAUCCUCUUGUAUCGCCAUUGAAAGGUCAUAAUUGGAAUACAAUAGAGAUGGCUUAUGCUAGUGUUGCUUCUCUUAUGAGAACGAUGGAAUCAGUCUCGACAUCCAAUUCGCCGGUGUUAUCUCUAAUUUGUGAGCACAGAGAAGAAUUUCAUGCUCUUCGUGAAAAAGGAAGUUCCUUGGAAGUAUUUCUCAAGAACUUUGAGAAAAACAAUGAUUCUGGGGGAAUUACAGAUCUGGAAACACAGAUAAAAGAAGUUGCAAAUGCCGUUGAACAUACAAUUCAGCUGAGACUAACAGAAUUUGUAAUGGCAAAUGAUCAAAUGAAGAAAGAAAAGGCACAUGAGAGGCUUUGUGAUAGCCUACAAAAAGUAGCAGAGGACGUUGAUCAUAUCUAUCAAGUAGCAAAGGAAAUUGAUCCGGUCCAGAAAGAGUCGACAAAGCUUCAAGAUAAAGGCGACCAAGCACUAAACAAAUCUUUGGUUCAAGUUUUUUCAAGUUCAACAAAAGAUAUUCUGAAUGUUAAGAACAAUAUGGUGGGACGUGAUGAUCAGAAGGAAAGGUUGCUAAAAGAUCUUACUAGAGGCUUCUCUAGUGAGCUCAAAGUCAUCCCGAUCGUCGGGGUGGGUGGCAUUGGUAAAACAACUUUAGCAAAAGAAGUUUUCAAUGAUUUAUUAAUUCGAUCUCAUUUUGAUGUUCGUGCCUGGGCUACUAUAUCUCAACAUAAUAUAAAAAAUAUUCUGGUAAGCCUUCUUCAUUCUACAGUCGGGAAAGUUUUAGAGGAAAAUGAGACAGAACUAGCAGACAUGCUACAAAAAAGUUUGAAGGGUAAGAGGUAUUUAAUCGUCAUGGAUGACAUGUGGAGCAGUAACGUAUGGGAUGAUGUAAGGGCAAUGUUUCCAAUACAAAAAAAUGGGAGUCGGAUAUUGCUGACUACCCGUAACGCUGAAGUAGCUUGUUUUGCUGGUACGGAGAAUCUUUCUUUGCAUAUGGGCUUCAUGGAUCCAGAUGAGAGUUGGAACCUUUUUAGAAGUGCGGCAUUUGCAAAUGAAGCCUUACCAUCUAAAUUUGAGACUAUUGGGAAACAAAUUGUAGACAAAUGUCACGGGUUACCGCUAACUAUUGUCGUGGUUGCUGGGCUUCUAUCCAAAUCUGAAAGGAGAAUAGAAGAUUGGGAAAAUGUUGCUGAAGACGUCAAGUCAUUUGUCACAAAAGACCCUAAUGAGCACUGUUUACAUGUCCUUGGAUUGAGUUACAAUCACUUGACCAGUGACCUAAAAGCAUGCCUUCUAUAUUUUGGAAUUUUCCCAGAAGACAGUGAGAUUUCAGCAAAGAGGUUGGUGAGAUUAUGGAUAGCUGAGGGGUUUUUGAAGUUGGAAAAAGAUUUUGAAGGAGAGGCUGAGAAGUGUUUACAAGAUCUUAUCGAUAGAUGUCUAGUUCUUGUCAUCGAGAAAAGCUUAGAUGAAUCAAAACUUAGAUCUUGUAAGGUUCAUGAUCUAAUAUAUGAGCUGUGCUUGAGAGAAGCUCAAAGUCAAAAGCACUUUGUCAUGAACGACAUUGUAGUUGAUGAUGGGCCAAAUCAUGUUCCUUUAGAAUGUCAUCACCUUCGUAAGCAUAAAAUGCAGCCCUUUAAGAGAUGGACUGAUGAUGGUGAUAUUGAUUAUGGUUCUUAUAGGGCCCUUCUUACCCCUAAACAUCAUCAUUCGAUAAGUCGGCAGAGAGAUGAUGACGACAACAAUCUCUUGAAACGAACUCGUGGUAUUUUCUCCUUUUGUCGUUAUUCAUAUUUUUCUCUCGAGUCAGAGCUUAUUCAUUUCAACUUUCUCAGAAUAUUGGACUUGAAUCCUGUAGAGUUUGAUAUUUUCCCUCCACAGAUACUAAGCCUUAUUUGGUUGAGGUACCUAGUAUUGUCUGGGCAUUUUGUCAUACCUCCAGAAAUUUGCAGGUUAUGGAAUUUGCAAACAUUCAUUGUUGAAGGGUUUGGUUGGAAUAGUUUUACUUUGCCGGAACAAAUUUGGGAACUAAUGCAAUUAAGGCAUCUACAAAUGGACAGAUUCUUUUUGCCAAAUCCCUCAAGUGCAUCUGUGGACAAAGAGAGGUACUUGGGUUUUCCGAAUUUACACACUAUUUUUAGCUUGUCUCCAAGUUGUUGCACGGAGGAGAUUAUCUUAGGGAUUCGGAAUGUCAAAAAAUUAAGAAUCUUUGGAGAUGAGGAUGAAUAUAUGUGUCAAGAAUCUAGACUCUUCGACAAUCUUGUCAAACUUGAAACAUUGAGUUUUCGACUUCAUUUUCCGUGGAUGUCAGACAACAUUUCACCAGUGACCAUUCCAAGUGUGAAAGCUUAUCCAGCAACACUCAAGAAGUUAAAGUUGUUCCGAACUUGUCUAAGGUGGGAGGACUUGAACAUCAUAGAUGAGUUACCUAAUCUUGAGGUCCUGAAGCUGAUAUUAGAUGCUUAUUGUGGUGAUGAAUGGUAUCCGAUUGCUGGGGGAUUUACUCGGUUAAAGCUUUUGCUAAUUGAAACUUGUGAUCUUAAGUACUUGAAAGCCACAAAUGACAAUUUUCCCAUCCUUGAGCGCCUCCUGAUUAGAGAAUGCCGGUAUUUGGAAGAGAUACCCAUCGAGUUUGCAGAUAUCGACACACUACAACUAAUUGAGUUAAAAAGGUGCAAUCCCAAACUUGAGGCUUCUGCUACACAAAUUCAACAAGAACAAGAAGACCUCAGAAACAAUCCUGUGGAUGUUCGUAUCCUACAGUCAUAUUCAGGAGGGGAGAAGAGGAGGAGGACGAGGAUGAGGAUGAGGAUGAGGAAGAGGAAGAGGAAGAUGAGGAGGACGACGAAGAGGAGGACGAGGAAGAGGAGGAGGAAAAAGAGAUCCCUAAAUAUUUAACUGCUAAGCAGAUAAAGUUGAAUAUCUUCUUUAUUGUCCUUGUCAUUUCUCAGUGUUUUUGUUUUUAUAAAAAAUUCGGGCUUAACCUCUCGCCAUUAGGUGACUUUUCUUGUAAAAGAAAAUAAACAGUAGCAUUGCAUAGAGGUAUUUUUGGAGAUCUUGUUUGAUGGCAUCAUUCAUAUCUAGUCAUCAAAUAUUUAAUGACAGGUACCAGUUCAUUAUGUUUUUUAUAAAUAUUGCUCAUUGGUUUG